AUGAGAUUGUACAUAUCUGCAUCUGGAAAGGCUUUAGGGAGCAUGUUGGCUCAAGAGGAUGAUAAUGGCGUCGAAAGAGCCAUCUACUACCUCAGUGAGGUCUUAAAUGAUGCAGAAACUAGAGGUUGGGCUUUGGAUCUAAUUGGGGAAAUUCGACCACCAUCAUCUAAGAAUCAGAGGUAUAUCUUGGUGGACAUUGAUUAUUUUACGAAAUGGAUCGAAGCUAUACCUUUACCAAAUGUAAGCCAAGAAGAUGUGGUCGAUUUUAUCCAGAAACAUAUUAUUUAUAGAUUUGGAAUUCCAGAGACUGUCACAACAGAUCAAGGAUCAGUAUUUACUGGUCGAAAGAUGCAAGAAUUUGCUAAGGAAAUGAGUUUCAAAUUGUUAACUUCUAUGCCAUAUUAUGCUCAGGCUAAUGGUCAGGUCGAGGCCGCUAAUAAGGUGAUUAUUGGUUUGAUUAAGAAGCAUGUGGGGAAGAAGCCUAUAAAUUGGCACAAAACUUUAGAUCAGAGAGUAGAGAACUCUUAUAAUAAGAAGGUAAAAAUUAAAACAUUUUCGCUUGAAGUCUUGGUCUGGAAAGUUGUCCUUCCAAUGGAUCGAAAGGAUAGGACCUUAGGGAAAUGGUCUCCCAAGUGGGAAGACCCUUUUCAAAUUUUGCAGGUGUUCUCUAAUGGUGCAUAUGAGAUUGAGGAACUUAGCAAAGACAAAAGAAUCUUGAGAGUGAAUGGAAAAUAUAUGAAAAGAUAUAGGCCAACACUCUAA